GGGCGUGGGUCACGUCUCAUCACGUGAUGCGAGGGCUAUUUAAAGCGGCAGCUCGCAACGCAAGCAGCCGUUCGCUUGAGUUCCCGCACACCGUUUUUGCAGCUUCUUUUUCAACAUAGCCCAACUUCAACAUGGUGGAAGCCUUCCUGGGGACCUGGAAGCUAGUGGACAGCAAGAAUUUUGAUGACUACAUGAAGUCACUCGGUGUGGGCUUUGCUACCAGACAGGUGGCCUGCAUGACCAAGCCUACCACAAUCAUCGAAAAGAAGGGUGACACUAUCAUCAUAAAAACACACAGCACCUUCAAGAACACAGAGAUCAACUUUGACCUGGGGGUGGAGUUUGAUGAGAAGACAGCUGAUGACAGGAAUGUCAAGUCCAUUGUAACGCUGGAUGGCGGAAAACUUGUCCAUGUGCAGAAGUGGGACGGGCAAGAGACAACACUUGUACGGGAGCUAAUUGAUGGGAAACUCAUCCUGACGCUCACCCACGGCAGUGCAGUUUGUGUCCGCACUUAUGAGAAGGAGGCAUGACCUGACCUGCCAGCGCUGUCACUGAAUACUUCUCUGCCAAGUGACUACCCCUUGUCUAGCACCGCCUUGCCUCACUUUUUUUCCUCUGGCAUUUUGUAUAAUUCCACUUUGGUUGGGAAAUUCUUCAGGGGUCAAGUGGUACCAACCUGGAUCCAUUUCCAGUUCCUAAUAUGUAUGUGGUCUGGUUUUUUAAAAACUGUAUUCAAAAGGUGCUCUGAGAUCAAUAAAGCAGAGCAAAGGCCA